AUGGCCUCCCGUCUUCUUGUGUCUGGUCUUCCCCGGUCCCUCCCUCCCCUUCAUCAGGGCCCUGGCCCUGCCUGUGUCCCCUGUGUCGAGGGGCGCCAGCGUGCUGCCCCUCACUCCUCCCACUUUCCUCCGACAGAGGCUCCGUUGCAGACGCUUCACAUGGACGUGUGGGGCCCUGCCCGCGUCCGUGGACUCGGUCACGAGCGCUACUUCCUGUUGGUGGUUGACGACUACUCGCGUUACACCACAGUCUUCCCCUUGCGCAGCAAGGGUGAUGUCGCUGAGGUGCUGAUCGACUGGAUCCGCGCAGCUCAUCUCCAGCUCAGGCAGAGCUUAGGCUCGGACUUUCCUGUGUUGCGUCUGCACUCGGACAAUGGCGGAGAGUUCUCCUCUGGCCUUCUGCGUGCCUACUGUCGUGCGCGAGGCAUCCGUAAGACCUUCAUGCUUCCGGACUCACCGCAACAAAAUGGGAUUGCAGAGCGCCGCAUUGGCAUGGUCAUGGACGUCGCUCGUACGUCCAUGAUGCAUGCGGCUGCCCCCCAUUUUCUGUGGCCGUUUGCGGUCAGGUACACGGCGCAUCAGAUCAACCUCCACCCUAGGGUCUCCAGGCCGGAGACCUCCCCUGCCCUGCUGUGGAUGGGGAAGGUUGGCGAUGCGUCGGCGUUUAGGGUCUGGGGAUCUCGGGCGUUUGUCCGCGACUUGUCUGCGGACAAGCUCUCCCCUCGCGCUGCUCCCUGCAUCUUCCUGGGGUUCCCCCCCGACGCCCCUGGGUGGCAGUUCUACCACCCCACCUCUCGCCGUGUUCUGUCCUCCCAGGACGUCACAUUCGACGAGUCGGUACCCUACUACCGCCGCUUCCCCUACCGCACUCCGUCCCUCCCCCCACCCCCGCUCUUCUUGGUACCAGGUCCCCCCCCGGUCAACCCCCUUCCCCCUCAGGGUCCUGCCCCUUCAGGUGUGUCCCAGGUAGACGCGGUCGAGCCUGUCGAGGUCACUGGUGACUCUGGUGCUGCUGUGGGUGCUGAGCCUAGGGGUGCUGUGACUGGGGGUGCUGUCCCUGGGGGUGCUGAGUCUGGGGGUGCUGAGCCUAGGGGUGUUGUGCCUGGGGGUGCUGAGCCUGAGGGUGCUGAGCCUGGGGGUGCUGAGCCUGGGGGUGCUGAGCCUGGGGGUGCUGAGCCCGGGGGUGCAGAGCUUGGGGGUGCUGAGCUUGGGGGUGCUGAGCCUAGGGGUACUGCGACUGGAGGUGCUUCGCCUGGAGGUUCUCCGGGUGCUUCGUCUCGCCGAGAGCCACUCUCCCCGCAGGAGCUGCGUGAGUGGUUUGCCCGGCGCAGGAGGCGUGCUGCUGGUGCUGGAGGUUCUUCGGCUGCUGAGGGUGCUGCUGCCGCGCGUCCCGGAGGUGCUCGUACUGGGAGUACUGGAGCUGCUGGGCCUGCGGGUUCUACUGGAGCUGGUGCUGCUGAGCGUGUUGGCGCUGAGACUACUGCUGGCGGUCCGGCUGGCAGUGCUCUUGGUCCUGCUGGAGGUUCUGGAGCUACUAGAGGUGCUACUAGAGGUGCCGCUGGAGGUGCUCUUGGGGGUUAUGGAGCUACUGGAGGUGCUGCUGGAAGUGCUACUGGAGCGGGUACUCCUGCUGAGGGUACUGGUGCUGUCCCUGCUGUUUCUGGCGUCGCCUCGCGGCCCCGACCGUACUUCGUUCCCCUCCUGCAGCAGGUUCUUGGUCUUACACCUUCUCCUGGUCCUUCUCCUCCUCCCUUAGAGGGUCCACAGCCUGUCCAGUCACAGUCACAGCUACAGCCUGCCUCCCCUUUGCCUGCUCCUUCUCCCUACGCUGGUCCGACUGGAGGUCUUGCUGAGCGUCGUGAGCCUGCGUCUCGUCCUGCGUCGCCUGUUCGUACUGCGCGCACUAGUGGUCGCGGUUCGCGUCAGCGUCCUCCUCCUGUCCCUGGCACGCACCGGAUGUCUCUGCGUCCGUCUACUGCUCCUCUGCGUGCCCCUUUGCCUUCUCCUCCUGCUUCCUCUCUUCCUGCUCUUGCCGACCCGGAGUCGGACUCUCUUCGUGCUGCCAGUCCUACUGUCACGCGUCUCCUUGCUACAGCCGUCACUGACCCUUCUUUCGAGCAGGAGGAGUUCCAGUGUUUGGCCGCCGCUUCACCUCAUCUCGCGUCUGUACUGCUCGCCCCUGAGGGAGACCCGGAUGCACUAGACAUCCCGACUCCGCGCUCUUACGCGGAGGCGAUAGAGGGUCCCUACUCCUCUCAGUGGCAGGCAGCUAUGGAUGCAGAGAUGGCUUCCUGGAGGGUGAAGCGGCCGCCGGGUUCUCCGCCUGUCUUCAAGGCGCGUUACGUGGCUCGUGGCUUCAGUCAGCGGCAGGGAGUUGACUACUUUCAUACCUUCUCUCCCACCCCGAAGAUGACCACUCUUUGGGUACUGCUGCACGUUGCUGCUCACCGUGACUACGAGCUGCACUCUCUCGACUUCAGCACUGCUUUCUUGCAGGGCAGCCUGCACGAGGAGAUCUGGCUGCGUCGCCCACCUGGCUUCACUGGGUCUUUCCCUCCUGGUACCCAGUGGAGUCUCCGGCGUCCAGUCUACGGUCUCCGCCAGGCGCCACGUGAGUGGCACGACACACUGAGGACUACGCUGGCGGCACUUGGGUUUGCUCCUUCUACUGCCGACCCGUCGCUGUUUCUGCGCACCGACACCUCUCUGCCGCCGUUCUACAUCCUCGUGUACGUCGACGACUUGUCACACAUGGUGCAGCAUGUCCUUCAGCGCUUCGGCUUCACGUACUCCUCGCCUCAGGCCACUCCUCUGCCUACUCGCCACUCGCUCUCAGCUCUGCCUUCGGAUGAGUCCGUAGAGUCGAGUGGCCCGUAUGCAGAGCUUGUUGGCUGCCUCAUGUACCUGAUGACCUGCACACGACCUGACCUUGCAUACCCUCUCAGCAUUCUUGCACGCUAUGUUGCUCCUGGGAGACACCGACCAGAGCACAUGGCUGCAGCGAAGAGGGUGUUGCGCUACUUGUGCAGUACGUCGGGCAUGGGGCUAUUGCUUGGAGGGCGCAGUCCAGUGGUUCUCACUGGGCACGCAUACGCUUCUUGGGCUGACGACCAGGCUACGCAGCGGUCGUCACAGGGUUACACCUUCAGCCUUGGUUCCGGCUCUGUUUCGUGGCGGGCUAUCCGCUCGUCUUCUGUCCUCGGCUCCAGUUGUGAGGCUGAGAUCUACGCCGGGGCUAUGGCUGCCCAGGAGCUUCGCUGGCUGACCUACCUGCUGACCGACCUUGGAGAGCCGCCUCGUUCUCCUCCAGUCCUGUACGUAGACAACAAGGCCAUGCUGGCCUUGUGUUGA